GGCGGCAGGGCGAAAUGAGGUUACCGGAACCACGCCGUUUCCUUUUGUGUAAUGUGAGUGAAAAUAGUUCCGAGCGCGUUUUCGGUUAAGAGGCCGCGCAUGAGGGUUGUGAAAAGGGCUUUAAGUCUCACAUUUAACUGAACGCUCCCUGUCAAAUCGUUCGUUUUAUGGGUUUUUCUUCCCAUUCUUAUUUUGGACGUUAAACCUCUUUGGUAUACAUGUUUUCCGAAUGGCAAAAGUUGGCUUCUUGCACAUGGCAUUCAAACAGGAUUUCGCGCCCACAUGACACCCUCAUCACUCAGUCCCACAGUGGAAUAUACACUUCUGCCAACAUGUCUGAACUGUUCAUUGUUUGAAACGUUCAUCAAUGCGGCCCUGGCGCCAUCCAUAGCCCAGCCUAUAACCCGGUAUUAGUUCCUUGAUUAGCCCACGCCAUGGCUGGGGACGCCAUUGGUUUUUGGGCGGUCACUGUCGUCUUAUUCGUGAUGGUAUUGGACAGGGGCGGCUUUGCAGUCGAAAACGAUUGCUCGAACGCCUUGGGCAUGCACUCCGGCACUAUCAGGGAGAGCCAAGUCAAGGCCUCCAGCAGCCGCGACAAGCUCUACGGUCCGAAUAAUGGUCGCCUUGGCAACCAGCACGCCUGGAUCCCCGCCGCUAAUAACAAGACGGAAUGGCUACAGAUUGACCUGUUGAUAAAGAGGAAGGUGUCAGGGGUUAUCACUCAGGGGUACCGUUACUGUCGAAAGCAGCAGAAGUGGAGUCGGUUCGGCUGGGAGACGGUUGAGGUGUGUAAGGACUGCUCCGUCACCAGGUUCAAGAUCAAGUACUCCAGCAACGGCAAGUUCUGGCUGACAUACCGGGACCCGGAAACCUGGCAUGACAUGAUCUUUGACGGUGGUAUCAAUACAGUAGCCACUUGGAAGCUGAACACGUUGCCAUAUCCGGUCGCCACUCGCUACAUCCGCUUCUACCCGAUGCGUUGGCAAAAUGCCGUGGCCAUGAGAGUCGAAGUUAUGGGUUGCAGACUGUCAUCUGUGACGUGUGAGAAACCACCGAGCUUUCCUCACAUGGAAAUUGUCAAAGGCACGGCGGAGAAGUCUGCCUACGGCAAGCGGAUAGUGUACGCCUGUAAACAUGGCUACAGGAUGGACGCCAAACUGCCCAUGUUCGUACUGAACUGUAACGUCACAGGCCACUGGGGAGGGAAAGUGCACCAGUGUGUCCGAUCUUUUAUAGACCCGUCAACCACCAUCAGGGCCAUCACGACUAAAGCACAACUCCCCAAUGACGUACCGCGGAGACCAACACCCAGGACUUCCUCGGAAAGUGACGUCACACCCAACCUACCGGAUUCUUCUUACCCAAAUACGGAAUCUUCUGGAAAGGCCUUAUCAGAUAGAUCUGGCAGAGGGAGGGCAGCCAUAAUCGUGCUGGCAGUGUUGCUUGCCGUUUUUGUGAUUGCGUUCGCGACGUGGCUAUUUUUUCUAAGAAAACCGCGACGCGUCCAGCCCGAAUUUGAGGAGGACACCAGUGUUCAGUGUACGAAGUACAGCACCCUGGAUAGCCGCAUAUCAUUGGAGAGCGGUCCGGGCACCAUGUUCGAGAAUGAUCUCUACGGGAGUGGGUUUAGUGACGGAAGUAACGGAAGUAAGUGGUCCACGGAGGGCCGCGGUACUGAUGAUGGCGCAUGCGCAGCAGCUCCUGGAGACGGGACCGUUUUUGCAGAAAACGCCCUGUACGAGUCCUCAACAACGUUGUCGGAAAAGAAAUGACCUACGAUGAUCGCUAUCAAUGUUACCAGCUGCGAUUUUUUAUUCUGCGCCUUCAAUUAUUUAAUGCUAAGAAUAGCCGCUCAUUUGAAACGAUUUUACCUCUAUUAGUAAAUUAUCCAAGCCUACAUAACGGCGUUAUACUUGUGCUGCCUCCCUAAUUACAGAUUUCAUGGCACUGAAAGCCUUCUUGAAUGUUAAGUUUUCCAAAAAGACCUUUGUAAUCAUAGUGCUACAAAAAGGAGACAAGAGUUUGAGGAUCUCAUACCUCAUGAAAUGCA